AUGCUGAGCUGUGCUAAGCCGGCCGGCAUGCCGACCGGUCCUCACGCUCACACUCCAAACUGGGGCUCCCUGCUGCAGCCUCCAGCUGUUAAAUCCGAACCAAUGGAAGACGGAGGUUUUGCAAAGGAUCAAACGAGUGGUUUCUACUCCGAAGGCUUUCAUAGCGCAUCGCCAUCAUCUUCAAGCAAGGACUCCAAUGGUCAUUCACCACGUAGCGUGGGCAGCUCGGGCGAACCUUUACCAUUUUAUGAAUCAAUGCCGUUAAAAGCAAAGGCAAAUCUUGGCAUGCAUUUGGGAUCAUAUCAGAACGGUAUGCCGUACAAUCUGCUCACGCCUCCCGGUUUUGAAGCACGAAUCAAUGAAGAUUCUCGGCAUUCACCCGGAUACGAGACGUCUUAUUCGCCAAGAACGAUAGCGCCACCCGCUCAUGUGUCUACGCCAUUAUCAAGAGCCGACGAGACACCACCCAAAUCACCGGGAACGCCGUCUUCACCGGAUAGAGAUCGAGAAAGGCGUUCGUAUGAACCCUAUCACGACUCCGGAUUUGACGGCAAUCAGAACAAACCUGACACAGACGACGGCCGCGACGGUUCCGGCCUCGACGAUGACUUCGACGACGAGCCCGGUCUAAGAGUCCCAGCGGUCAACUCUCACGGAAAAGUGAAAACGUUUAAGUGCAAACAGUGUGAAUUCGUUGCUGUCACAAAGCUCAGCUUUUGGGAGCACAGCAAAGAGCAUAUCAAGCCUGAAAAGAUGUUGUGCUGUCGAAAGUGUCCCUUCGUCACCGAAUACAAGCAUCACUUGGAAUAUCACAUGCGAAACCAUUUAGGUUCGAAGCCGUUCCAGUGCAGCCAAUGCUCAUAUUCUUGCGUCAACAAGUCCAUGCUGAACUCUCACCUGAAAUCCCAUUCCAAUGUUUAUCAAUACCGUUGCGCCGACUGCAAUUACGCUACUAAGUACUGCCACUCGUUGAAACUCCACCUACGUAAGUACCAACACAAUCCAGCGAUGGUACUCAAUAUGGACGGCACACCCAACCCACUGCCCAUAAUUGAUGUGUAUGGGACGCGUCGUGGACCAAAACAAAAGCCUCUGUCGAAGAUGUUUGAACAGUCUGCCAUGAACAACAGCUCUCAACAUCCUCCUCCGACGUCACAUCCACUUUUCGGCAGUCAUUUCCCUGUCAACCUUUCUCCUUAUUUACCACCAUUAUUACCUCCUUCGUUCUUAUUCCCGCCGAACAACAAUUAUGAACAGCGGACGUCACCCAUACCUGAUACGGUUUCUGAUAAACGACAACCUGUAUCGCCCCAGUCGAUACUACAGCAACGUCUUUCGUACGGGGAGCGACCGUCAGAAGCCGAUACAAUAUCAUCUCCAGUUAAAUCAUCAACCAGUUUACCACACACCCCAACCGCUCCUCGUAGCACUACUCCAGCUCAAGUUAAUGACGCACUCGAUCUCACAAACACUAAAACCAGCGAAGCUGGGUCUCCGCUACCCACUGAAAGAUCUACACCACUGACUCCCACAACUUCAUUGAAAAACCGACGAAAAGGCCGCGCAUUCAAGUUGCAACCGGCCGCGCUCAGACUCCAACACGAGGACGACAAAACUGGCGACGGAGAGGCAUCAGGAUCAGAGUCUGAUGGUUCGGCAGACGUACCUACAUCGACUGCUCCAAGUACGUACUCCUGUCAGUACUGCGAUAUCACUUUUGGUGAUCUAACUAUGCAUACCAUCCACAUGGGUUUUCACGGUUACAACGAUCCGUUCAUGUGUAACAAAUGCGGGGAGAGGAGCGCAGAUCGCGUGGCGUUCUUUAUUCAUCUCGGUCGCGCUCAGCACGCCUAG